CGCUCACUAUUGAGGAGCUAAGACUGUCAUAUUGUGGAGCUUUUCUCGUUGUCGAUCUAUCCUGUUUCAUUCUGCCUUCUUGCAAUCCUAUUACUGCACAGGCCUGUCCCUAUUUCCCCUAUCUGCAGCUGGCAGGCAUCGGCACAGUGAUGUCGCUGUGAAAUUGAGUUGGGAGGAACAGAAACUCAAGCCCCCGUCCGAACGGAAAACAGUGUUGGAGUCCCCAACACCAUUUUCCUCACAAGCAAACCAUUCUCUCUGCCUGGUCUGCCACAGACCUAUUCUUUGCCACGCCAAGGCAUAUUGCUGGAAUUCUCUUCAUGCGCAUAGACCAUGAACUCUUCUGGGAACGAUAACUGGCACCCCGGUGGCCCGCCAGCGCAUCCGGGGAUGGACCAGAUGAACCAACAACCUCGUCCCAUGGGCUCAUUCAGUCAAAACCCCCAGCCGCAACAGGGUCCAUCCGCGCAACCCACGGGGCCAGUUCUCCCACCUCCAGGCGGUCCUUAUCACCCCGCGAAUCAGCCCGGCGGCCAUUCUCUUCCUGGUUUGGCUGAGCUGAGCCAGGGUCACGCCGGCCCACACCAACCUCCUGCCUACGGACAACACCCUCAGGGUCCUUCUCACAAUCCUGGUCACUCGCUACCGGGUAUUGGUCAGGCAAUGCAACACCCUUCGCCGCAGUCCCUGAGCCGAGACCGUGAGCGGGAUUCUCGGGAGCGAGAGCUGCUCGAGAGACAGCGCCAGGAGGAACUAGCCCACAGAGAGCGUGAAGUGCGCGAGCGCGAACGCGAGCAGAUCGAGCGGCAGCAGCUGGAACGACAACGUGAGCAGCAACAUCACGGAGUUCAGCAUAGCGCUGCCUCGAUCCCUCUGCAUCAGCCGGUUGCAUCCAAAGUGCCAAACUCUAUCCAUGGCCCCAAUGGGCUUCUCUCCAAUCUGAGCUCGAACCCUGCAAAUGGACCUCAGGGCUCCAUGCCAGGAUCCGGGGGUCCAGGCGCACUAUAUGGUCAACAGAUGCAGCAUGGCGAAGGGACACCAAGGUCUUACCUGCAGCAUCCUGCAGGGCCACCUGGCCAGCCGAUCUUGGGAUUCAACGGGGCAGGCGCUCCAAUGCCCGGAAAUGUUGGCAAUGUUGCUGCCCUUGCUGCUCAGCAGCAGGGCCAGCAGCCGAUCUUGAAUGAUGCGCUCAGCUAUCUGGACCAGGUCAAGGUUCGAUUUGUUGAUCAGCCUGACGUUUACAACCGCUUCCUUGAUAUCAUGAAGGACUUCAAGAGCCAGGCAAUCGAUACCCCUGGGGUCAUCCAGCGUGUCUCAACCCUGUUCAACGGCCACCCUACUUUGAUCUCCGGGUUCAACACUUUCUUGCCACCCGGAUACCGAAUCGAAUGUGGAACUGAGGACAAUCCCGAUGCCAUUCGGGUCACAACACCGUCAGGCACAAACACCUUGAGUAUGCCCCGUACAAGACACUCCUUGGAGUCUAGCGGAGAGCUCGGACCCUCAGGAGGCAUGACCUCUCACGGCCGGGCUGAGUACUAUGAGCAAUCACGUCCUGGCUGGCAACAACCGCAGCCUCAACCGCAGCCCCAGCAGCCUCAGCCCCAACCCCAGGGCAAUCUGCCAGGGUCGUACUCUCCUGGGUCGCGUAUAAUGCCCGGAAUAUUCGGACAGCAGGGGGGACCGAACCAGCCCCAGGAUCAUCACUUCGACUUCCCGACUCAACAAGAGCAGCAGGCUGCGGCGGGGGCAGCAGCCAUGGCCCAUCAGUCAGACCAGCGUGGCAUUCACCUCCAAGGGGCUCCCUCCGCCGCUGCCGCAGGCUUAGGAAGACCUUCGUUGUUGCACAUGGCUGGACCAUCUGCCCAGGGCCCUAAUAUUAACCAGUCCAUGAACAAUCUAGCUGGGGUCGGAACAGGGAUGCUUCAAGGCGCUCAGGCCGACUUGAACAAGCGUGGUCCGGUAGAGUUCAACCAUGCCAUCAGCUAUGUCAAUAAAAUCAAGAAUCGAUUCGCAAGCGCUCCUGAGAUCUACAAGCAGUUCCUCGAAAUCCUACAAACCUACCAGCGUGAAUCGAAGCCAAUCCAGGACGUGUACGCUCAGGUGACCCAGCUGUUCAACACGGCACCGGAUCUGCUGGAGGACUUCAAGCAGUUUCUGCCUGAGUCGGCUGCUCAUGCGAAACAGCAGGCUGCUGCGCGCCAGGCAGAGGAGGCUGCUCCUACAAGCAACCUUCGCGGGGAAGCCAGCUAUCCAAGCGCAACUAACCUUCCCUCACAAACUCCCAACCGUGAUGUGAAGAUGCCACCUUUGGGCCAGUUUAACGUCAAGGACACCGCAAAGGACGGCAAGAAACGGCGGGGUGGGCCUGGAGCUCCCUCCACCAUGGGCUCGUCGAUUUCUGGACCUUCUGCUGAGGCGGCUCGCAUGGCCGAGUCUCAGGCUGGUCGAGCUCCAGCGAUGCAGCCUGGUGCUGCUAACAAGCGAGCCAAGGUCCAUCAUAAACCGUCCCAGGCGGAGGCGCCAGCUGUGUCGCCAACCCUUGUUCCUGCGCUUCCUGAGCCCAUACAACCUUCUUUCUCGUUGACGCCAACUCAAGAGGAGUUCGCUUUCUUCGAUCGGGUGAAGAAGUAUAUUGGAAAUAAGCAGACAUUCAGUGAGUUCCUCAAGCUCUGUAAUCUCUACUCUACGGACUUGAUCGACAGACACGUUCUCGUUAAGAGAGCUGCCAACUACAUUGGUGCCAAUCCCGAGCUCAUGGCUUGGUUUAAGCGCUUUAUGCAUGUUGAUGAACCUGAAGACAAAAUUGUUGACGUCAAGGCGAAACAAGAGCCGGGCGUGGUUAAUCUCUCACACUGUCGCUCCCUCGGGCCGAGCUACCGAUUAUUGCCAAAGCGCGAACGGCAGAAGCCUUGCAGUGGCCGCGAUCAAUUGUGCUACAGUGUUCUGAACGACGAAUGGGCCUCUCACCCCACGUGGGCCUCUGAGGACUCUGGUUUCGUGGCUCACCGUAAGAAUCAGUUCGAGGAUGCUCUGCAUCGCAUUGAAGAAGAUCGACACGACUACGAUCAUCAUAUCGAGGCUUGCACGCGCACAAUCCAGCUCAUCGAGCCAAUUGUGCAGCAGUUCCUUGUUAUGAGUGAUGCGGAGCGUGCUGCCUUCAAACUGCCCCCUGGUUUGGGCGGUCAGAGUGAAGCCAUCUAUCAGCGUGUGAUCAAGAAGAUCUAUGACCGCCAGCGUGGUGAGAAGAUCAUCAAAGAGAUGUUCGAGAGGCCGUGCCAUGUUCUACCCAUCAUCCUGUUCCGCCUGAAACAGAAAUGUGAGGAGUGGAAAGCCAGCCAGCGCGAAUGGGACAAAAUCUGGCGCGAGCAGAUGCAGAAGGCCUACUGGCGGAGUUUGGAUCACCAAGCGAUCGCCAGCAAGGGUACCGACAAGAAGCUCUUUGUGGCGAAACACAUCCAGACCGAAAUCCAGAACAAAUUUGAAGAGGGUCGAAACCUGCGCAAGGGCGGGUACCAGGUCCCUCGACAUCAGUUUGAGUACACGUUUGCGGAUCCGGCUGUCUUGAUCGACGCGACACACUUGCUGCUCACCUUCAUCGACCGGAACUCGGCUGGGUUCGGAGCCGAUCCUCAAAAGGUGAUGACCUUCAUCAAAGACUUCAUUCCAGUAUUCUUCGGUAUGGAUCGGGAUACUUUCCAUGUCUACAUGAAUGAACUGUCGAGCGGUACGCCGCCGAUCGACGAGGGCGAUGAUGAGAGUCUGGCUGCGGAUGAUGCUUCCACUCCCCGCAGUCGUAAGGGUGGUGCCGGAAAGAAGAUGGGUCUUCUCCGCGAUGUCUUAGAACGUGCCGGUGAAAAGGUCCAUCGGGCCGAGAAGGAAGGGAGUGCCCCAAACAGUCGCGAUGGCACGCCUGAUGCUGUUCUGGUUCCCUCGACCCCGAUUCCUGACCCCGCCGAGUCCUUCGAUGUGGCCGAGUUGAAAUGGAUGGAGCAUCCGGGACAGGGUAACUUCAACCAGCAACGGGAGUAUAACCUCAACGAGACCUACGAAAAGAAGGUGCAUCACUUGUACGCCAACCUGAACAUCUACUGUUUCUUCCGCACGUUCGAGAUCUUGUAUUCGCGCCUGCUCCGCAUCAAGUUGCACGAGAAGGAUGCCCAUGACGAUGUGCGGCGUGCGCUGGUCGGAAAGCCGGCGCAGGAGCUCAACCUUAUUGACAAGUUCCCCACCGACUUCUUCUACGACUGCGACCCGAAGGCCAACCUCUACCAACAGAUCGUUCGGAUGUGCGAGGAGGUGAUCAAGGGUGACAUGGAAACCACGCAUCUGGAGGAGACGCUCCGCCGGUACUACUUGCGGAGUGGGUAUCAGUUGUACAACCUGGAGAAGAUGUUCACGGGUAUCUCGAAAUUCGCGGGAGCCAUCUUCAGUGGUGAUUCGAAGGACCGCAGCUCUGAUAUCAUGAACCUCUUCUUCAAGGAGCGUGAUCGGGAGGAGACCACUCACAACCAAGAGAUCCAGUACCGCAAGCAAGUCGAGCGGCUGGUGAAGGAUGGAGACAUGUACCGCAUCACAUACCACCCUGGCAGCAAGAAGGCUGCUGUGCAGCUGUUGACUCCCGAGGACGCCACACUGGAGAAUGAGGAGCUUAGCCCCGAAGCGCGCUGGUCGUACUACGUGUCGGCGUAUACCAUGCGGGAUCCGACGGAAGGCGUGGCGUUCUCGCAGAUGCGCAUGCCGUUCCUGAAGCGGAACCUGCCGGCCAAGCUGGAGCAAGAGGAGGAGUACAACCGGUACUACCGGCCGUUAGUGCACCAGGACGGGCUGAUCAUCCGCAUCUGCGCCAACAGCUACCACAUUCUGUACGAGCCCGGCAGUUCCGACUGGUGGUGGCGGCCCACCACCUCGACGGACGAAUCCGCCGAAGAGGUAGCCAAGGAAGACGCAGCCGUCAAGGAACGACGGCGGGACCGGUUCAUGGAGAAGCUGGUGAACAACCCUAGCUGGGCGCACGGGCUGAGCAAGGAUCAGGUGGACGAGUCCAACCAGCGGUUCCGUUCGUGGAUCAAUGGACCGGAAGGCGACCAGAGUGGUGCAGCUGCAGCGUCCGCGGGGCCAGCGUCCGACGCUAAGGACGACCAGGCAGAUGCAGAGAUGACGGACGUCGCGCCGCCUGCAUCCGAGCCCAAGGAGUAGUGAGGCUGCACCG